UGUGUGUGUAUCUUUCAAUAGUAGCGCUAUCCCAUAUUAAUUAUGCACCAGCACUGCCUAUCCUCGGUGACUCUCAGUUAUAUACGAGCUGCGCCAGCAUCACCCAGACACAGUAAAUUGGUAUGAUUGAUGCAAGGCAGAAUCGCCAUUGCAAAAACAACAUCGCUGGAUUCUCUGUAGGGUGUCUGGGAUUAUAAUCGCAUCGGCAGCUGCACAAAUAAAAGAAUAAAAAGAAGAAGAAAACGCGAGCCGUUCAGAAAUCCGCUCUUAAUGCGAAUGUUUAAGGACGCAUCAUCCACACACUGACCGUCGGCAUCAUGCAAGGGGGACGCGGCUUCAUGGUGGUUGUGGGUGUGUUGUUCCGAUUGAAGAUUGUAGGCUGCUUUUCUGGAGACCAGGACGACUUCUUCAUGAUACACCAACAAAGGUCAGAAAGGCCUCUUGUCUUCUAUCCGCCCGCAGAGGAGGGGAUUGAGAAGAGUGUGGAGCUGGAUGGUCAGAGAAACCUUUUCCAUUCCCUUUCACACGCCAGGAUCAGCAAACUGCGACCUGCAAUGAUCGUCAAAUCCACCUUUCCGCAAGCAUCCCACGACCAGAGCAUCAGUCUGCUCGCCACAAUUGAUCAAGACCUGGAGAUUGAAAACAAACCUGGAUCUGAUGAACACUUGAUUGUGACGCUGCAAAUGGACAUACACAAACUGAACAAUACUCUGCUGCAGACUUUCCGGAGAGGGGUGGCUGCAGCCUUGGACAUCUCUCCUCAGCAAGUGCAUAUCAACCGUCUUAAUGAAAAGGAGAACUGUAUAGAGCUGAGAGUGUCUCCUCCUCCUGUCAAACCGGGCACCAUGGAGAAACUGUCCUCUGAGGAAGUGGUACAUUCCCUCAGCAUGAACAUCCUUCACAAGAGCCUGUCUCAGUUUGGCAUUACAGAGAUCACCCCAGAGAAAAAUGUGCUGCAAGGACAACAUGAGAGAGAUAAAGUGUGGACCAAAGAGGGAUUUUAUGCUGUGGCUAUUUUUCUCACUAUCUUUGUAAUUAUUAUCACAUGUUUAAUGGUCCUGUACCGGCUGAAGGAGAAAACUGAGUUCCCUGAUCAGCAAUACAAGGAGCAGAGCCGGGAGAUCCACCUGGCCCCCAUCCCCCUGCCCACGAAGAAACCCGAGGUGCAGAUCUUCAACAGCAUGGUGCAGCCCGAGCCGGUGCCCAGAGCUGAGAGCAUCGGUGCCAGCCCCCAGAGCCAGUCUGCGCCUGAGAUGAAACCCUGCCUGUCCUCCAGCCCCUCGCCCUUCAGAAUGAAAUCUGCCGGCCUCCAGGAGAGGCGGGGCUCCAAUGUAUCUCUCAGCUUGGAUAUGAGUGUCUUGGGCAGCGUGGAUCCCUUCAGCGCCGCGCCUGCCCCGCGGGAGAGGGUUGCCAUGGAGUACCUGCAGUCUGCACACCGGGCCCUGAGCAGACAGCAGCUCCGCGAGGCUACGCUCCACACCCAGCAGCUGCAUGCAGAGUUCGCGGAAAUUCCAAUGAAUUUUGUGGACCCCAAAGAACUGGACAUUCCCAGUCACGGAACCAAAAACCGAUACAAGACCAUUUUGCCAAACCCACAUUCCAGAGUGUGUCUAAAGACCAAGAGCAUAUAUGAUCCACUCAGCUCUUACAUCAAUGCUAACUACAUCAGGGGCUACAUGGGAGAAGAGAAGACCUACAUUGCGACUCAGGGCCCCAUGAUUAACACGGUGAAUGAUUUCUGGCAGAUGGUCUGGCAAGAGGACUCGCCAGUCAUCGUCAUGAUCACAAAGCUGAAAGAGAAGAACGAGAAAUGCGUACUCUACUGGCCAGAAAGAAGAGGCAUAUAUGGGAAGGUGGAGGUCCUUAUAAACAGUGUCCGUGAAUGUGACCACUACACCAUUCGCAGCCUGACCUUAAAGGGAGGCCAGUGUUGCAGUGUGAAACACUACUGGUACACGUCCUGGCCUGACCACAAGACCCCCGACAGCGCUCAGCCCCUCCUGCAGCUCAUCACAGAGGUGGAGGAGGACAGGAAAGCAUCAGCCGGCAGGGGUCCUGUCAUUGUGCAUUGCAGUGCUGGGAUAGGAAGGACUGGCUGCUUCAUUGCCACAACGACCGGCUGUCGUCAGCUGAAGCAGGAAGGGGUGGUGGACGUGCUUUCCAUCGCCUGCCAGCUCCGGGUAGACAGGGGAGGCAUGGUCCAGACAGGAGAGCAGUACGAGUUUAUCCACCACACCCUGAGCCUGUAUGAAAGCAGACUCUCAGCUGAUGCCGGCCAAUGAGAAGGCAGGGAGUGGUUUUCCUGACAUGUGGUUUAAUUGAAGAACAAUCUGCAGGUAAUCCUAUUACUGCUGGCAGAGACUUAUCCAAGGAGCACUAGCCUGCAGGGCAAACCCUCUGUGGUGAGCACGCGUGCAGCUAUUGAAGGGUAGACAAGCCCAGAGGAAGUGUAACACUAUCUGUAAAUGAAUGUAGUGUCUUUAUCACAUAAGCUGCUGAACUUGCUUAUAAGAAUCUUGUAUAUUCCUGUUUAUAUUUUGUUGCAGAAAUUCAAACCGGAACAUGUUCCAAUCGCCAAGCCUCUACCAGUAAAAUGAUAAAUUCUAUCACGUGUAAAAUUCUGUCACGUGUAAAAUACUAUUGCAUUUCUAAUGUACAUGGAACUGAAAGGUAGUCUAAAAACUGAAGGUAGUUUUUAAAAUCUUUUCUUGUUUAUAUAUAAAAAAAUAUGAAAUGUUUGAUUUUGACUGAUUCUUUGUCUUCUUUGUUGAUCUGUAUAUGCAGAGUUUAGCAUUCUCCUGGUAGAAGUUAAGAAUUACAAAGACUGUUAUAUCAAUACUUGAGCUGUUCUGAUCAGAAUAGCCCAUGGGAUACAGCUGUGGUCCUGGGUUAAGGACAGCAUGUUGUCACUUUCUAUUUGAAUUAAGGAAAAGGCAACAGAGAAACACAGUAUCUUGAGUGUUGAGAGGGAAUGAAGCCACCAGCAAUGAUACAAAUGUACAGAACAAACAGUAGAUAAGUAAACUAUUGAAGUUUUAAAGAAAAUACUACAGUACCAGAAAAAUAAAUACAUAGAAUUAAGUUUCCCCAGUGAUCUGCGAGCCCCAGAAUUGGUGAUGAACAGUGAUGAAGAUGGGAAUCAUUUCUGAAAAGACAGUGUGCUGAUGAAGUGAUACUGAAAAGAAAUCAGACUAGCAUUGUUAUUGGGAGCUGGUGUUUUGCUUUUGGUUUCAGUGCUGCUUUUUAACAUGUGGCAUGCCAGCUCUUACACAUCCAAUAUUCAGUCAUUAAGGGGUAACACUUUACAUGGUCUCUAAUUACUGUGUAUUUAUGCAUAGUUACAAUGUACUUAACGUGUACAUCUUUUUGCCCGACAUAUGUAAGGUACAUAAUUGUAACAGAAAAGGCUUAGGGUUAGAUUAGUUAUUGUUAGGUUUAGAGUUAGGGUUAGGGUUAGGGAUAGGACUAGGGUUGUGUCAUGCAAAACACUGUAGCUAUGCAUAAUAACAUUGUAAUUAUGUAUAAAUACGCAUGUAUUUACUAAAUAACUACUAUGUAAAUACACAGUGAUUAGAGACACUGUAAAGUGUUUAUUUACCAAUGAACUGAUAUGUAAAUACAGAGUAAUUAGAGACACUGUAAAAUGUUUAUUUACCAAUGAACUGAUAUGUAAAUACAGAGUAAUUGGAGACACUGUGUAAAAUGUUACCCGUUAAGGUUUAAUCCUAUUGCACCAGUGCACACAAGUCAACACAAAGGGUCUGGUACAGUGAUCCAGACACUGUAAAAUCGGGUAACGGAUGCAGCCUGCUAUAGCGUUUAAGUCCCUGCCUCUGACGUGUGAACAGCUCCACACAAACACGCAUGCGGUUUGCAGAUUAUGGUCCGGAAACAUUCUAAUAGCUGACCAAAAAAACAAACAUACUGCUUUGACGACCUCCACUAAUACAAGUCUGUACUAAAAGAAGUCGAGACAUUAGUGUUAAAAAAAAAAAAAAAAAAAAAAAAAAAACAUUGAUCUUUUAUUUGGGAACACAAGCCUGUACAGAUGAUAUUUUCCUUGAACAUUGGUUUGACUUCCUUCUUUCCAUGGUCCAUUUUGAUCAAAAGCAUCUCUUCUUGGCAUUUCUAAUGGCAACAUUUCACGAGAUUUGAAUUUCUGCCACGGCAAAUGUAUAUGUGAAGAAUCAUUUGUAAGUGUAAUAUUUACCCAUAUUAACUCCUCAUGCCUCAGUGGUUUACAAUCAGUUUUAUGUUCAGACUAUGAGGAUCUGUGUGUAAAUGUUCCCCAGUUCUCUACCUUUUAUAUACAUGUAUUGUGAAUGAUAAUGUACAUGCAAAAGUGCUAUUCAUUUUGUGGCUCACAUACGUCAUGACCACAUAAGAGUCUUGCUGCUAAAACUGCAAGUGUUUUAACUUUAGAUUUUAAAAAAGGAAAGAAAAAGAUUGUUUUGACUAUGGAAACUUUUUAAAUUACAUUCUUUUUGUAUAUAACAUUUUUCUUUUUUUAUUUGUGAUACAAGUUAAAAGAUACAUGGCUAUUUAUAGCUGAUCUAUGUAGCAGUUACAAUGCACAAUGCUGAUUUUACUCAAUGUUUCUCAAUAUACAAUGUUGUCAUGUAUAUUGUUUACUGUUUUUAGAGGUUUUAUCUGUGGGCUUGAUGGCUAAAUAUUUAUAUGUCAUAUAAUGAGCUUUUCCCAUAUAUUAUUAUCAAAGUGAAUGUUGUGAUAUGUUGACUACCUAUAAUAUAUACAUAUUUAUAUAUACAUACAUCUAUACUAUAUACAUAUGGUACAUUAAGAGAAUACAGGGCAAAAUAAUACGGGCAUCAGUGCUGCUAAUGGUUUUAUAGGUUCUGCAGGAAACGAUUUCAAAAUGACGUCUUGUAGAAGGGUUAUAUUUACAUGGAUACAGUUCUAAAUUCUGCAGUGUAAGAUGAGCGGGUAUCCUGUACUGUCAUUCCUCGCUGUUGAACUUUAUAUUAUAUACUAUACUGCCAAUAAACUUAUACUAU